CGGAAGUGACGCAAUUACACCGCCGCAUAACGCGUGCUUGAAUGGAGGUGACCUUACUAGUGAUACAAUUGUGAAGAAACUCUGCAGCAGUGCGUACGUGGAGAUACUGCAGAUAUACAUCCACAGUCCGGUGUUGUUUAGACGUUUCUAGCAUUUCUGUGGUUAAUAAGGGACUAGAGAUGGCAGAGGCACAUCAGACACGCGUGCAAAAUGUGAUCGAAGACAUGGUCCAAAGUCUGGAGAGGGAGCAGAUCCGGAAGAUGCAGGGUCGCAUGUUCAAAUGCAGUGCAGACUGCUGUGAUCGCUCCACAGACUCCAUGUCUCAGGUGCAUCAGUGUAUUGAGAAGUGUCACCUGCCUCUGGCCCAGGCUCAGGGAUUGGUCACCUCAGAGCUGGAGAAGUUUCAGGAUCGUCUGACCAGAUGCACAAUGCACUGUAACGAUAAAGCAAAGGAUCUUUUUGACUCUGGUGCAAAGGAGCCAGCUGUUCGAUCGCUGAUGGACCGCUGUGUGGGCACUUGUGUAGAUGAUCACAUUCACUUGAUCCCCAGCAUGACCCGAAAACUCAAGGACCAUUUGGACUCUAUACAGCAGUGAGGAGCAGGAUAAAUGGCUGUAGUUGGUCCUGAAGAUACCCCGGGCUUAGCAGAUGCAAAUACAAGAAGCUCAGUUAGUGAUUUGAAGAAUGAAGGGUUGGAACUGUAAACGUUGGGAAGAAAGAAGACUUGAACUGUUGGUGUUGUGAGAUUUGUUACUCAAGCUGAAUUUUUUUUUUAUCUGUUGUAUCAUGAUUCAUCUAGAGCGAGAAAAAAAUUCUCAUCUCAAGACAUCUACUCAAAAAUGCUUUGAAGAGACCUACAGCUGUGCAUUUUAUGAACAUGGUCAAUAUCUUCUGAGCAAAUCUGAGUGCAUUAUGUCCGUGAGUACAGGCCACCGUCUCGUCAGUGCACAUGGUUUUAAAGAUUUUAUAUUCAACUUUUCUCUCUAUGUUAAACUGUGAAUUUACACAACACCAACAUAAACUCUGCCCCUCAAUUAAAACAAUGAUAACUGAGUUUUGGUUGAAUGUAUUUUCUUAUUCUAUGUGGAAAAUUACAAGACAAUGAAUGAAAAACA